GUUUUUACCCAGGCCGCGGUACAGCCUGGCGCUCAGCUGGGGCUGCUUGGCGUGGAGGCGUGCGCUGGUGCAGGAGCUGCGCUUGAGACUGGGCGCCUCCAGCAGGGCCCAAGCGGAGCGGGGGAGCGCCGAGCGCAGCCGCCGGGCUCGGCCGCCGCGAUGUCAGCGCAGUGCUGUGCGGGCCAGCUGGCCUGCUGCUGUGGGACUGCAGGCUGCUCCCUCUGCUGCGGCUGCUGCCCCAAGAUCCGGCAGUCCCGGGGCACCCGCUUCAUGUAUGCGCUGUAUUUCAUCCUGGUCGUCAUCCUCUGCUGCAUCAUGAUGUCCGAGACCGUGGCUAAGGAGAUGCGGGAGCACAUUCCCUUUUUUGAAGACAUCUGCAAAAGCAUCAAGGCGGGCGACAACUGUGAGAAGCUGGUGGGCUACUCUGCCGUGUACAGCGUCUGCUUCGGCAUGGCCUGCUUCUUCUUCUUGUUCUGCCUCCUCACCUUCCAGAUCAACAACAGCAGAAGCUGCCGGGCCCAUAUUCACAACGGCUUUUGGUUCUGUAAACUCCUGCUGUUGGGGGCCAUGUGCGCAGGAGCCUUCUUCAUUCCAGACCAGGAGACCUUUCUGAAUGUUGCCCGCCUUCUGGGAAAUAGGACUGCAGGUACAGCGACCAACAAGCUGUGGUACGCCGCUCUGUCCCUGGUAACACUCAUCAUGUACUCCGUCACCACCGGGGGCUUGGUAUUGAUGGCGGUGUUCUACACACAGAAGGAUCUCUGCACAGAGAACAAAAUCCUGCUAGGGGUCAACGGAGGCUUGUGCCUGCUGAUUUCAAUGGUUUCCAUCUCGCCCUGUGUCCAAAAUCGGCAGCCACACUCUGGGCUCUUGCAGUCGGGCCUCAUCAGUUGCUACGUCACCUACCUCACUUUCUCAGCUCUGUCCAGCAAACCUGUGGAAGUCAUUCUGGAUGAACACAAGAAGAACGUUACCAUCUGUACGCCUGACUUCGGGCAGGACCUGUACAGAGACAAGAACUUGGUUGCGGGGCUGGGCACCACUCUCUUGGUGGGGUGCAUCUUAUAUUCAUGUCUGACAUCCACGACAAGAUCGAGUUCAGAUGCUCUGCAAGGACGCUAUGGGGCUCCGGAGCUGGAAGUCGCUCGCUGCUGCUUCUGCUGCGGCCCGGAUGGAGAGGACACGGAGGAGCAGGAGAAUGUGAAGGAGGGACCACGAGUGAUUUAUGACGAGAAGCGAGGCACCGUCUACAGCUAUUGCUACUUCCACUUUGUCUUCUUUUUGGCUUCCCUCUAUGUGAUGAUGACUGUCACCAAUUGGUUCGACUACGAGAGUGCCAACAUCGAGACCUUCUUCAGCGGGAACUGGUCCAUCUUCUGGGUCAAGAUGGCUUCCUGCUGGGUGUGUGUGCUCCUGUACCUGGGCCGGCUGGUGGCACCACUCUGCUGCCCCUCCCGUGAGUUCCUGGUGUGAGACUCCGCACGUCCCUAGACUCAAGCAGGACCUGUGGGCUGCAAGUGACACCCUUGGAACCAGGGCCCCGGAAAUGGGCGCAGUGACGGGCGCCUUUCCCAGAGCUGGGCAUCCCUUUCAGAAGAUAAUCUGGAGUUGGCCUUUUGGAUUCUGAAAUUUGAAAAGAAAUGAAGAAAACUUUUGUCCCAAAAGACUUGAGACCAAAAAACAAAAAAAAAAUUGUUUUCUUUCAGCCAAAGUGAUGAGUGCUCAUAUAAUAAUGUCCUAGGUGGGUCUUAUCCCUCAAUACUGUGAUCAUAGAUAGGAUAGCUUUUUUUUUCUCCUCUGAAUUUUCUUAUCGUAGAGUUUGGGGUGCAGCAUUUGUCCCAGAGGUCAUGCUGACCUGCUGUGGCCCAUUGUUCUUACCCUUGGAAUGGAGGAACAUGCCAACAUCCGCCCCGAUAGAGGGACACCCCUCCCCCUGCCUGCAGCCCUCGGUGUUCCUGGGCUACCAGAGGAAGCACAGCUUUGAAAGCCGCCACAUGCUGCUUCCUCCUGGCUGCCGUGAUGCUGGGAAUCACGGGCUUCGCUCUGCCCACCCCCUGCCCACAGGUCCCUGCUUCUUUCCUGGAUUCUGCCUCUUUAUUAGAAUGUGAAGAAGCACAAUUGGUCAUCACUACCCCUGUGGUCCCCCCCGCUGAUGCUCACUACCUAAGCCAAGUCAGGAUUGUAAGAGUCAGGACUGUUUCUGGUAUUCUUCAUGUGCUCCGAAAGCAGCACCCAUGCUUCUUCUGUCGGGGCGGUGGAGGGCUGUAGUUCUGAGAUGUUUAUGCUCUUAGCACUUCAGGACCUCACCUGAAAAGUGGCUUCAUGACUAAAGCCCACUAGACCUCUCUUCUCAUUAAGGCCACUUCCCCCUCCCUCCCCUCCCCGUUUCUUGUAAAUUGGGAAAGCAAGGAGGGACUUUGGUUUCCAUGUCUGUACUAUGACUGCAUCAUAAGUGCCACUUAUGGGUGUUUGGCGGGAUGAUCUGUAGCACUUCAGAUGGGGACUGACUUACCAGAAGAUUAUAUAAAUUGUGGAAGUGACCAAAUCAAUUUAGAAGCUGGGUGGAAGGAGGCCUUUAGUCAUAAACAGUUGUUUGUUAAUAAAGACGUCUUCGUAAUAUUUAACUGUAAAGGAAUACCCAAGAGAAGGUUGAUUUUGGGCAGCUGUGUUGUCAUUGAGGUCUGGUCAGGGAAACACUUGCUCCACGGGAGGUUUGUUAGGAAUCUCAGGGGACACCCUUGAUAGUAAUUUGAACAGGUUUGAAAGAAUCCAUCGGAGAAAGAGCUCACAGGCCCAUGUAUGGGCUUUGCAGGUUGCUCUCUGCCCCACAACAGCAUCACCAGCUGUGGACCAAAAAAGCUAGGUUGGGGCUGGAGCAAUAGCACAGUGGGUAGGGCAUUUGCCUUGCACACGGCCCACCCAGGUUCGAUUCCUAGCAUCCUAUAUGGUCCCCUGAGCACCGCCAGGAGUAAUUCCUGAGUGCACGAGCCAGGAGUGGCCUCUGUGAAUUGCCGGUUGUGACCCAAAAAAGAAAAAAAAAAGCUAGGUUGAAAAAUUUUAACAGCUCUGACAGAAGGGGGCUAAGAUCAGAAGGGCUUGGCCUCUACUUUCAUCCUGCUGCAUGCUGGGCUCCUGCAUGCCAAAGUGCCACUGUGACAGAGAUUGGAUUCUUCUUUUCUGCUUGCUCCUUUGCUGUCCUUGCCCUCCCGUCCAAAGAGGAACAAAUACAAUGGAUGGAUUCCCUAAGGAACUAACCUUCUUUACAGUGUUGUGAGUCAGUAUUUAAACGCCCUCACUGGGUAUAUGUCCGAGCGUCUCCUUUAGUAAACUUGGUCCCAGGACAGUUUUUGAUUUCCGGACCUGGAAAUCAAACAGCCCUCUAGAGUUUGGCCAUGGAGCCCACAUGUGGAGUCCCAAAACGAGAUGCCACCCCAGUGAAGGCAGGUGGCGGGGCAGGGGGCGUGCCAUCAGGUGAAGAGAAUCAGGGAGACCGUGCAUGGUCUGAUUGUGUUUGCUUUCUGCUGGUUCUAGCUGGGUCUUGCUCUGGCCCUUGCGGCAGGUCAAGGGCAAACUGAUGCAGUUGGUGUGUAUGUGUCCCUCCUUUUUGGAAAGCAGCUCAGGAAACCCAGAGGCCAGGACCUUGCCAGGCACGAGGCUUAGUAUUGUGUGCCUGUAAAGUUCCUUUCCGGAAGUUGGGGUGAUUCAAGGGAUUCAAUUGGAGAUCCAGUCAUUCUGAUUUUUAUCCUCUGCUGAGUUUUAAGGCAUGUUGAUUAGGCCAGAGAGACGGUGCAGUGGGCGAGGCGCUAGGUUAAUCCCCUGCACUGCGUGUGAUUCCUCAGAGCUUGGCCAAGAGUGACCCCUGAGCACAGAGCCAGGAGCACUGCUGGGGGUAUCCCAGAGACCAAAUGAAAUUGGAAACUGGAACAGUACAGCAAGUCUUACCGUGAGUGAGAGAAAGAUGUGGCUAUGCUCUGAGUAGACAUUGAGAACUUGACUUUCGUAAUUAUUGUAAUACACAAUGCUCAGGUUUUGAAGAACCUACAUUUUUGUGCUAGAGCAACUUAAAAACUGGAAAACAGUGCCAGUUGCUUGGAGGUGCUAUCACGGUGGUGUUUGUCUCACUGAUCAUCUUUUUAAAUGGGUUUUUGCUUUGUGUCUGCGAUUUGAAAAGUGCGUUCCUGAAAGCUGCUGGUCAGACUCCUUUCGCGCUGAAAGCUGAAGUUUUUUGUUUUUGUUUAUUUAGAAAUUGUGUAUCAAUUUGGAGUAGGGACUUUUUUUUGUGAAUAAAUACACUAAGUGGGGUGGGGGUGGGGUAACAGGAUUUUUCCGGGAAUGUGAUUAUAUAUAUAUACCCAGAUGUGUCCCCCCGGGCUGAAGACAGACUCUAAAAGCCCUCCUUGCCCCUUUUGGGGUAUGUUUUAAUAAUAAUGGGAAUAAGUUGGUUUUGAUUUCGUCCUCAUCGUUUCUUGGGAAAUGGCUUGAAGAAUUCUCAGUGGUCUUUGGCACUCUCAACACAGCUGGGAGGGUGGGGCUCCUGGGUGUCCGGAUCCUGCCGGCCCUCAGGAGAGGCCAGCCCAGAGCACUGUGUGUUGCUUCCACGCUGUUUGUGCAUCUUCAGAGGCUCCUACAGGCCAGCAGACUCUGUAGAGCUGAUUCCUCCCAUCACCCAUUGCCUUCUUGAAGAUUGGGUACUCAGUUUUGGCUACAAGUUUGCCACCGUUGGUGCUUCACGAUACCCUGCAAAGGGAAUUCCAGAGUACUUUAGCUACCUGGGCCUUUCUCUCCCUUUGCUGCCUUUCUCAGCAACAUCUCAUGUUGGUGUCCAUUCGUGUCCAGCCCCUCUUGGGAGGGAAAGAGGACGUGACCCCCAGCUAAGGGUGUGACCCUGGGGCUGAGACCGGGUUCAUCCCAGGCCGUACUUAACCAGGGACAGUGCAGGAGCCACAUCCUCACAGAAAUUUGGAAUUCUUUAGUCCUUUCUCCUUCCCUUGCUAAUCGUACUAACCCUCUGUGGCUUUGUUCUUAAGGCGACCCUUUUUGCUACCAUGGUUACUACAUUUGUUAAAUCCUUAGACAUUUUAAUCUAGUCAAAGAUGUCUCAUGUUGACCCUUCACAGGCUCAGAGAGCUGUUUACAUAGGUCUUCAGAACUAACCUGGCUAUUCUAAAGAUCUUUUAUUCUUCUCGGCAAAUUAUUUGCAGAGGUGCAGUAUUUUUGAAUUUGGGGGGAGGGGCAGGGAGGGUAGCUAUUUGGCUUUACCAAAGAGGUAUUUUGGGUUUUUUUUUAAAUUUUUUUUUUUUGAAAGUGAAUUUCUUUUAGGAGACAAAAUUUAAUUGGGGAAAGAUGGAUUAAGAAAUGCCCAAACCUACAGAAGUUUAAUCAUAUUUAAAUGAGUAAAAUGUCAAAAGACUUCUUAAGGCAAUCCUUUGUAGUAAAGGAUCCUGGGAAAUUCUCUCAGGUAAAGAAAGCUUGGAGAAGAUGGGUAAUAUAUGUCUUGAGAUAUUUAUAAGAAAUUUAAGAAGAUUGUUGUUUUCCUUUAUUAAAGAUUAAGGUUUUUUUACUUUGAAAAUAAAAGCCACAAAGGUUUUAUAAUCAUAACUUUUGUUAACUUUUCUGAAUUAAUUAGCUGUUGCCAAAUUAGGUUGUUGUGUUUUGCUGCGUAAGAAUUUAAAAAUAGAAUUUUACUGUUUGAAAUUUUUAAUGAUCUUGAUUAUGUUUAGAGUUUCAAUAACUUUCAAUAGGUAUUUUUUUUCCCUUUAGUCACCAAGGCAAACUAUGGGUUUGUAUUUGUUUUGUGUGUUUUUGUUUUUGUUUUGUUUCUGAGUGCUAAUUUUUUUUCAAUACAGCAUUAGAAGUUGACCAGACUUUUCUUAUGUAUAAAACUCAAAACUUGUUAACUCUGUACCUUAAUAAAAAUGAAAAUUGAAAACCA